AUCCUUGGCUUUCAACGCCGUUAUACAAUUCGCUCAACCGUCUCUAACUGGGGCGGGCGCCUCCUCUUCAUUUUCAAAUUUCCUCCCACGAGAAACCCAAAUCUUCUCGUUUCGAUUUUAUCUCAUCUCAAAAACUAAGAAUCUUCACACACACUUUUGAAGAUCUGGAGCGAAACACAGUUAAGAAAAACUUGAAUUUUUGAAAUAAGGAAGUGCAACUUGUGGUAGCCUUGUUUCAAAGAUUUCUCCGAACCGGAUUGAUUUGCUCUGAGCCCAAAUGGGUUUGAGAAAUUUGUUUGGGAACAUGUUUCAGGCUAGAGACAAUGAGAUUGAGCUGGGAGGCCGGUAUACGAUUAAGUCUCAUGGCAGACAGCUUGCGGGAAGUCAUAAGCACGACUGGCUGAUACUUAUACUGCUUGUGGUGAUAGAGAUAGUCUUGAAUAUCAUUCACCCGUUUUACCGUUUUGUUGGGGAAGGCAUGAUGACGGAUCUCAGAUAUCCUAUGAAAGAAAACACCGUGCCAGUGUGGUCAGUUCCGAUGUAUGCAGUUUUGCUGCCUAUUGCUGUUUUCGUUUUUUACUAUCUUCGGAGGGGAGAUGUGCACGAUCUGCACCAUAGUGUGCUAGGCCUCUUGUUUGCUGUGCUCAUAACUGGAGUCCUCACGGAUGCAAUAAAAGAUGCAGUUGGUCGUCCGCGUCCUGACUUCUUUUGGCGCUGCUUUCCUGAUGGACGAGAUGCAUAUGAUCAGUGGGGUAACGUGGUAUGUCAUGGUAAAGAUAGCGACAUAAAAGAAGGGCACAAGAGUUUUCCAAGUGGGCAUACUUCAUGGUCCUUUGCAGGUCUCACUUUCCUAUCACUAUACUUGGCAGGAAAAAUUAAGUGCUUCGAUAGCAAGGGGCACGUGGCAAAAUUAUGCCUUAUUAUUCUUCCCCUUCUCGCUGCAUGUCUUGUUGGUAUAUCCCGUGUGGAUGACUACUGGCAUCACUGGCAAGACGUGUUUGCUGGGGGUCUCUUAGGUCUCGUAGUUGCUACCUUUUGCUACCUGCAGUUCUUCCCACCUCCGUAUCACUCAGAAGGAUGGGGUCCUUAUGCAUAUUUCCGAGCACUGGAGGAAUCACGUUCCACAGCCCAGCCAACGGGUGGCGGGAUCAUCAUGCAACGGACUGCAUCAAACGGUAAUGUCGCUCAUCAAAAUUCGGAUUCCAGUUUUGAUGCAAUGGAGUCUGGAAGAAGGUAGGCUAUGGAGAAAAUUUUUCCCCCUCAGAUCCUGUGAAUUACUUAGGUAGUAAAUUAUGUUAUAUAAUUUUUACCUAUUUUGAGUAUGUUACAAUUUUUACCUUUUAUUCACUGAGGAUGUAUAUUAUUGUGACAAUUCUUGUCACUUCAACACAUCUGGAAAUUGAGAUACUAUUAGUGUGAUUUUGCUACGUACAUUGCUGCUUUGUGUUGAUAUAUAUAGUCCUUUUAUUCUUGUAUUACUACAACAUUAAUUAGAACAUUUUCUUUUAUUUGAAUGGUUUAUCAAUUCUUCUAA